AUGGACGAGCUUUUGGGAGAUGCGCUAAAUGCGGACAAUCAGGCAGGCCAGGCCAGUGUGGAGUCCGAGAGGCUGGUCACGCCCGAAGAUGUUAUGACCAUAUCUUCGCUGGAACAGCGUACUUUGAAUCCUAAUUUGUUUCUAUACAAGGAAUUGGUGAAAGCGCACCUAGGUGAAAGAGCAUCCUCCGUGAUCGGAAUGCUAAUUGCGCUGGGAAGACUGAGUGUGCGCGAGUUGGUGGAGAAAAUAGAUGGCAUGGAUGUGGAGAGCGUCAAGACCGCAUUGGUAUCGUUGACACAAUUGAGAUGUGUCAAGUUCCUGCAAGAAACAGCGAUAUCUGGGAAAAAGACCACCUAUUACUACUAUAAUGAAGAAGGGAUUCACCUCUUGCUUUACUCAGGGUUAAUUAUCGACGAAAUCACCACUCAAUUGCGUGUUAGCGAUGAACAGGAGCAUAAACAACUGGUGGCAGAGAUUAUGCAGAAUGUCAUAUCGCUAGGGUCCCUCACAGUACAAGAUUAUCUGAGUAACGCCACAUCAGAAUCCAUGAAGUACACCAUUUCGUCGCUCUUUGUGCAACUGUGUGAAAUGGGGUAUCUGAUUGAAAUAUCGAAAUUGCAUUACACUCCAAUUGAAGAUCUCUGGCAAUUCUUGUACGACAAACACUACAAAGCUAUUCCUAGAAACUCGCCGUUGUCAGAUUUAAAGAAAAGAUCUCAGGCGAAGAUGAAUGCGAAAACCGAUUUUGCCAAGAUUAUGAAUAAACCAAAUGAGCUUUCGCGGAUCUUAACAGUUGAUCCCAAGACGUCGUUAAGGAUCGUUAAACCCACGGUUUCCUUGACCACUAAUCUGGACAGAUUCAUGAAGGGCAGGAGAUCUAAACAACUGACUAAUUUGGCCAAGACGAGGGUAGGAUCAAUAACAGCUCAGGUUUACAAAAUUGCAUUAAGGCUCAUAGAGCAAAAAUCUCCCAGCAUUAUAGAUCCACUAACUCAAACGGGACUCUUGCAGGAUUUAGAAGAGGCCAAAUCGUUUCAAGAUGAAUUGGAGCUCAUUGAGGAAAAGACUCCAGGAUUGACUUUCAAUGCUAUUGACUUGGCAAGACAUAUGCCCGUAGAAUUGGACUUGCGCGGGAGUUUAAUAACCAGGAGGUCAUCGGACAAUAAAAAACGCCCCACUUCAAACGCUACUGCGCCAUCGUCUUACAAGAAAUUGAAAACUGAAGACGGAUUCGUCAUUCCUCCGCUACCCGCUGGUAUAGCCAAAUCCGUUCAAGACAGUGAUAAUUUACAGCAAGAAGACGAAGAUAAUGAUGAUGAAUUGGACUUUGAUAUGGAGGAUCCACACUCGGCUUCCUUAAUAAAUAGUCAUCUAAAAAUCUUAGCAUCGUCAAGCUUUCCAUUUUUGAAGGAAACCAAACCAGGUGUGUAUUAUGUUCCGUUUAGUAAACUAAUGCCAGUAUUAAGGUCAUCCGUUUAUGAAUAUACCAUUGCCUCAACGUUGGGCCCGUCUGCGAUGCGUUUAAGCCGUUGUGUUCGCGAUAAUAAAUUGGUCUCCGAGAAAAUUAUCAAUUCAACUGCGCUAAUGAAGGAAAAGGAUAUAAGAUCCACCCUAGCGUCCCUAAUUAGGUACAAUUCGGUAGAAAUCCAGGAAGUUCCAAGAACUGUUGACAGAUCGGCAUCAAGGGCAGUGUUCUUGUUUAGAUGCAAGGAAACACAUUCCUAUAAUUUCAUGAAACAGAAUUUGGAAUGGAACAUGGCAAAUUUGCUUUUCAAAAAGGAAAGAUUGAAACAAGAAAAUUCCACCUUAUUAAGAAAGGCGAAUAGAGAUGAUGUUAAGGGUAGAGAGAGUGAUCUACUAUUACCAAGCGAAUUGAAUCAAUUAAAGAUGGUUAACGAAAGAGAGCUAAAUGUCUUCGCACGUUUGUCGAGAUUAUUGUCACUUUGGGAAGUUUUCCAAAUGGCAUGA